AUUAUGCGAAGUCUGAUAUUGAUUUAUACCCCAGUUUAGCUUAUCAGAUGAUCAAGGAAGUGCAACACAACACGGUUUGACGUAUUAGCAGAUAGGUAUAAGCUAUAGAUAGGCACGGGGUAUGACAAUUUCUCAAUACUGUUAUAUCAUCUGCUUGAUAAAGGCAAUUUGUAAAUAACGUUGCAGCAAAGCUCUUUGUUUCUUUCUUAGAGGGAUCAUCUAACAAUGAGUUCUAACGUAAACCCCGGUGGAAAAUACGUGAAACUGAGUUACCAGUGUGAGAUUUGCUAUGGAGUAUCAUUAACAAAUAUUCUAUAUUGUGAACAAUGCAUGCAGCAUAUGUGUACUUCGUGCGGGUCACUUCAUGACAAUUUCAGGCUUUUAGCUAAUCAUAAAAUAACGAAAUUAACUGCGGCCAAUACAUCGAAUGCUAACAAAGCCUUACCUGACAAGCGGAAUACGGACACUGAGUCUGAAAGUAAACUGUAUGAUUAUGCGGAUAACGAAGCACUCGCUAAGCUGAACGUGCAGUUGUCUAGUCAAAAUCCAACAGACUAUAAGGCACAAACAGGAUACGUUAAUGUACCAGAAGCUGAUGGUUAUAUCCGACCGACCGCUGGGAAGGCGAGGCAGACAGGUAUCAUGGGCAAACGACCGGUUGACAUGACAAACGCAGCGGCCAAGAGACCGGUUGACAAGACAAACGCAGCGGGCAAGAGACCGGUCGACACGGCAAACGCAGCGGGCAAGAGACCGGUCGACAAGAAAGAGGCAAUUGUCGAGGACGACGAUAAAUUACACGAUUAUGACCAGGUUGAUGAGAUGACGAUGGAACCAAUAUUUACCAUUACCGGUGAUCGUUUCGACGUCACUGUCCAGGAUACACUAGUGGCCAAUAAAAGCGGAAUAGUAGGACAUCGAGUGCUGGUCAUCAACGAAGCGGGCAUCACAGUUCUCCAUAAAGUUACCAAGUCGCCUAUCAUGGUGUUCCCGUUACCAUGGUUACGUCGUUUCGGCCAACGAGACGGCAUCUUCUACUUUGAGGUAGGACGGAAAUGUCGUUACGGUGACGGGGUGGUGAAUGUGUCGAGUGCAGACAACACACCGGCAAAGGACAUUUUAAAAUCCCUGACAAUACACUCCGCAAGUGCCAAAAUAACUCUCCCUAAUGAAUAUGGAAAACUAUGUUGCUAAUUUGGUUUUUAAACAAAAAGGUCCCGUAAGGUUUCCAGCUGAAGGGACUAAAGCUUUACGGUUCGUCCGGUAUCAAACUGAAGAUAUUGUGAUGAAACAUGUCACCAAACGACAAUGCGGCGAAUAGACACCACCUUUUAUUUUUAACCAGAGGCUGCUUCUAAGAGGUUAUGCUGACAUGUUAUAACAAAACAACUGCUUGGACAUCUUCAUUAACGGUCAAAAGUCGUGUAAUUGUUAAGCAAUAAAAUCACAAUAACUCGUGCAAUCACUCGAAAAGUACCAAAUAUAUUGUUUAGGAAUUUGAAAUGAACAUGUACACACAUGUUUUUCAGCAUUACUCAAACAUCUGUACGAAGAAGUCAUGACACUUCUAUACAAAGAAGACAUUUACAUUAUUUCAAACAAAGUGUAAUAAGGUAUGAUACGUUCAGUAUCAACUGUUCUUUCAAUAGCACAACUAUAUGUGAAUCAUUAUUAUAAUUUGCAGAGAUAAUAUCGUUCAAUCAUAACUUCAAUAUAUAAUACUUUAAACGAAUAUUUAAAAAGUUGAAACUUUAGAUAUAACUACAGAAUAUACCUAGUUUGCUUAUGUAACCAGAGAUGUAAAUGAAUGCAGCAUUGCCCUACCGGAUUUAUCGAGCGUUUAACUGUCGUAUUUAGAAUAUACGUCCUAUACAGAAUUUAGAUCAGAAAUUACAUUUAUGGUGUUAUUAUUGUAUAUGUGAUGUUAUUGUACAAUGACUUCUGUUUCAUGUAUUUGUCCGUAUGUCUCUCUUGGGGCGGUCCAUAAAGUACGUCACGCUAUUUUUUACCAUGUUUACCCCCUCCCUCCCCCAUGUCUAACUGUCACAUAUCUUGUACCCCAACCCCCUAAAGUAUGUCACACUUUCGAACCAUUUUUUUUUUAUAAACACGUAAUUAAAAUUUAAGCUUAAACACAUGUCAUUUUUAAACUGUAUCGAAAUAUAAAAUUUCCACUUAAAAGAACUUAAAUUCACAAUAUUAAAAUGACUUGAAUAGUAGAAUAGUUAAUUGUCAACAGUUGUUUAAGUUAUUCAUUGAUGCAGUACCUCAAUCUCGUUUGAAUUUGAAAACAAACAUUACAAAAAUUCGACUUGACAAUAAUGUAAUAUACAUAGUUUAUCUGCUGCUUUUUAUUUACAAUAGGUUAGAUCAAGUUUAAUAUAACCGUUAGAUUAUGCAAUAUUUUUACAUAUGAUACAUAUUUAUGCAGCGCACAACAUAGGAAUUAUAAUACUUCCGUAAUGACGAAAGCAAGGCUAUAAUUAUGUGAAACAAUGCUUCGCAACAGCAUACUAGUGCUCCUAGCGGGAGGAAUCGUGAACCACAGCGCUCCUAGCGGGAGGAAUCGUGAACCACAGCGCUCCUAGCGAGAGGAAUCGUUAACCACGCAUCCAGGAGAUACUUAUUUCAUGCUAUUUGGAAAUAAAACUAACUCAAAUGUCUCAUAAAAUAAUUUAACGUUAUUUUUAAAGAUUUUAAAUUAUAUUUAAAAACAAAUAAUACAUUAGAAAUAAAUUAAUGUGUGACAUCACACCUGGCCGGACCCCCCCCCCCCCCCCCCCAUGUCACAAACUGUGACACUUUCUUACACCCCUCCCCCCUACUGGAACGUGACGUACUUUAUUUAUUGAGGGCCCCCUUGCUAUCUGUCCGUCCGUCCUUCCGUCCAUCCGUCAGUAUGUAUGUUCGUUUAUUUGUUUGUUUGUGAGUGUGUAAGUGAUAACACCUACAACAUUGA